ACUAAGUUUAAGACACUUAUUUUAUUUUAGGAUGUGAGUAUUGGCAACAGAAGCUGUAUAUCUUAUAUCAGGAAAAGGUGGACACGGGCGUCGGUCGGAGUCGGGAGGACAAAGGAAAAGAAAAGGUAAGAGGGGAGUGGAGAUAGGAUCCUUUCUUUGCCGGGCGGCGACGUGGGCGCCGUAUCCGGCCAAUCCCAACUGGCAAACCCGGCUCCGCCGCCGCGGUUGCUCGAAUCCAGCUACUUACAUUAUAUACAACUCCUCAACCAACGCAACGCAACGCGCGCUACAGAUAAAAGGGAGCCAAGAAAGAAGAAGCCCGGAUCACCCACGACGCAACCGCUCCCAACAAUCAAUCAAUCAACCCAAUCACCAGUGUUUCCCAACCGAAACCGCCUAAUCCAUCCAUCAAUCCCUUGUCUACGCCCACCCGAAUUCCUUUCUUGCGCCCUCCGGAGUCCUACCCCCCGUCCCCGUCUCCGUCUCCUCCGAUUCGCCCUCUCCCCCCGUCGACAAAUCCUCUGCCUUCCCCUGCUUCGCCCUUCGUAGCCAGCCAGAUAGCCUCUGCCAGCCGCCUCUUGGUGCUCUGCUUCGAGGAGAAGGUAGGAAACGACGCACGGCACGGCACGGAGCUCGUUCUUGGAUCGUGCUCGCGACUCUGCCGGUGGGAGAAAAGAAGGAGAAUCAUUGGUUUUUGGUUCCGACUCUCUCACUUUCUCCAGUCGUGCUUCGUUUGUCGGCGCCAUGAGUAACACGCUGCUUCGAAUCUACCCUUCAGAGCUCAAGAUGCCAUUUGAGCUCAAGAAGUCGAAUUCAGGAUGCAUCGAGCUCGUCAACAAGACCGACGAGCGUGUGGCUUUCAAGGUGAAAACAACGAACCCAAAAAAGUACGCGGUGCGGCCUACCUCCGGCAUCGUGCCGCCAGGGGGAUCCUGCGGUAUCACAAUUACGAUGCAGGCACCCAAGGAGAUCCCGCAGGAUUACCAGUGCAAGGACAAGUUCCUCAUUCAGAGCGUCGUAGUGCAGGAAGGGGUAACGCAUAAGGACAUUGUCCCUGAGAUGUUCGGCAGAGCGCCUGGCAGGGUGGUGGAGGAGUUCAAGCUGCGGGUGGUCUACAUCCCUGCAAAUCCCCCCUCACCGGUGCCUGAGGGAGACGAGGAAGAGAUUGCAGAUAUGGAGGUGGACCAUGAAGUGUUUAGACAAUCCAUGAUCGAUGCUGCAUCUAGGCAAGAAUAUGCAUCUGGGCCACAAGCUUCACAUGACGAGGACGCCUCUACGGUGAAGUCAGAAGUUGUUAAAUAUGUGGCUGAAAACAAGAAGCUUCAACAAGAGCUGGAACGGCUUAGUGAGAGAAGGCAAUCUCUCAGGGGUUUCUCACAAACGUUUGUGCUCUUUGUCUUCAUGUUAUCUGUCCUUGUUGGAUACUGGAUGACAGGUCGGAGGGUUUAGCCACAAAUAGCGUCUAUACAUACAUAUGGUUUUGCGGCUUGGCGUGUAUGCCUUGCUUGGUUACCCCUUGUUUUGGAUGAUUUUUCUCUUCUGUUUGGGUAAUAGUCUACACUGUAUAGAGAGGCGUUCUGGGUUUGUAGUUAUAUGUGUUGGGAGUGUAUAUUUUUUGUGGAAUAUGCAGAAGACACUGCAUAUCUCUUCCAUUAAGAACUCGCCCCUUUGAACAAGAUUCAAAUGAUAACAACAUUAUGUGUGUGUUUUAA